CGGGCGGUGUUGUACUUCCUGUGUGGUGUAGGCGGGUCUCCUGUACUCCCGAUCUUUAUCAUAACUUUAUGCGGACGGCGCCAGCCGGGGAAGUUGGGUCGGUGCUCCGUGUGUGUCCGAAGAUCUUCCCUGCUGGCAAGAUGCAUUACUAUCGGUAUAGCACGGCGGAGGUUAGCUGCUGCUACAAGUACCUGCUGUUUAGCUACAACAUCAUAUUUUGGUUAUCUGGAAUGGUUCUGCUGGGAAUUGGCCUGUGGGCUUGGAGUGAGAAAGGGAUAUUGUCGGACAUUACCAAGGUGACAAGACUCCAUGGAUUUGACCCAGUAUGGCUGGUCCUGGUGGUCGGGGUCAUUAUGUUUACGUUGGGCUUUGCUGGAUGUGUAGGAGCUCUCCGGGAAAACAUCUGCCUCCUGAAAUUUUUCUGUGGCUUCAUUGUGCUCAUCUUCUUCAUGGAGCUGGCUGUAGCAGUAUUGGCUUUCCUUUUCCAAGACUGGGUGAGAGAUCGUGCCAAAGAAUUUUUUGAAAACAACAUCAAAGCUUAUCGUGAUGACAUAGAUCUACAGAAUCUCAUAGAUUCCCUGCAAAAAGCGAACCAUUGUUGUGGUGCUCAGGGCCCAGAUGACUGGAAUUUGAAUGAAUAUUUUAACUGCACUGGUGAAAAUCUGAGUAGAGAGAAGUGUGGGGUGCCCUUCUCAUGUUGUAUUGCAGAUCCUGCUCAAUCAGUGGUAAAUACCCAGUGUGGAUAUGAUGUUCGUAAGAAGCCUCCCUCAGAAAGAGGCGAUGUGACAUACACAAAGGGGUGUAUAUCUGCCCUGGAGGCCUGGCUACCAAGGAACAUCUAUAUUGUGGCUGCAGCUUUCUUGGUGAUUUCCAUUCUCCAGAUCUUUGGCAUUUAUCUUGCCCGAACAUUGAUGUCGGACAUUGACGCUGUGAAAGCUGGAUACAGAUUUUAAGGACAUGCCUGGAAAACUAGAAGUCUUCAGAGGAUCCCUCUGUAUGUCUCCUACUCUUAUAGAACCAUGACUAUUAUCCACUGGAGAUCCUGAGCCAACGUCCCCUUGGUAUCCUGUGAUGUAUAAACUGGAGCUUGGAAAGUUGGCCCCGUAGAGGACAACUGUGGUGCUUGGAAGGAUUCGCUUUACCCUUCUGCAUCCCUGCAGUGUUCUGAGGAAAAGGUGCUUCACCAGAUAUCCUUGUAUGCCUCAGCAACCCUUUCCUGUGAGGAGACGUUCAAUAUGGACUGAUCUCUGUUUUGUGACUUGACUGUUAUUUACUGUUGCUGGACAAAACCACUGAUAUAUUUGGGGGGAAUCUCCAAAGUGUACAUUUCUUAGGCGUGUCGCUGUAACAGUGACAUGUCUCCACAUGAGAGGACCACAAUAUGGCUUUAAAGAGUCACAACAUGGAAAGUGUCAUUUAGAGUAAACCAGUUUACAAAGGUCA